CCCCUGACGUUACAAAUGUUCAUUGGAACAGCAGAUGAGCGAAACCUACGUCCUCAUGCUUUCUACCAGGUACAUCGCAUCACUGGAAAAAUGGUGGCCACCACGAGUUACGAAUCUAUCAUCAGUGGAACCAAAGUCCUUGAAAUGUCUCUGCUGCCCGAGAACAACAUGGCAGCCAACAUCGACUGUGCGGGAAUCCUAAAACUGCGUAAUUCAGACAUUGAGCUGCGCAAAGGCGAGACGGACAUUGGGCGCAAAAACACCCGGGUACGGCUGGUGUUUCGGGUUCAUGUCCCACAGGGAAACGGCAAAGUGGUUUCCAUCCAGACAGCUUCUGUGCCCAUUGAAUGUUCCCAGCGCUCAGCUCAAGAACUCCCACAAGUAGAGCAUUACAGUCUUAGCGCCUGCUCGGUGCAUGGUGGCGAAGAGAUGGUCAUUAGUGGAGCCAACUUUCUGCCAGAAUCAAAAGUUGUUUUCAUCGAACGAGGCCCUGAUGGAAAACUUCAGUGGGAAGAGGAAGCAAAUGUUAAUCGCUUGAAAAGCACAGAGGCUUUGCUGACCCUCACCAUUCCUGAAUACAGCAACAGGAGAGUUUCGCGGCCUGUUCAGACUUACUUCUAUAUUUCCAAUGGGCGCCGGAAAAGAAGUCCGGCUCAAGGCUUCAAAUAUUUGCCUGUGAUCUUCAAAGAAGAGCCACAUCUGGAUUCCACGCCCCAUACAUUCCCACACAUCACUCCAAAUGUUCCCUUUUCACUACCACCAGCACACGGGGGCAUGGAUUUCUCCCCUUCCAGACCUCCCUUCUCUUACAGUCCCGAGCGCUCCCCACCUUGUUCCCCAUAUGGCUCCAACUGGAGCCCUUGCUCAUUCUCAACACCUCCCCAUUACAGCCCGGCCUUCCGCUUCCCUCCCAGUGAGACCUAUGGAGGCGUUAACCUCUCUGUACCUCGCCUUGCUCCCCCAAGCCUGCCCCACCUUCACACAUUAGAUUGCCACCCUCCACACUUCCAGCCCGCUAGUCCACAACAUAGUCCUCAUGCACCAGGAGGGAGAGAAACCCAUAGCGGGGAGAGGUCACCAGAAUGGACAGAUCCAGACCUUGGAUCCCAGGAGUUUAACCCCAAGGAACUGGAGAAAUCGGGGUUCAGCAGUGGCUUCCGGGAAAACUUGCCUAUCCAUGGGAUCACACUGGAAGAAGUUACUGAGAUCAUUGGCAGGGACUUAAGUGACUUUCCGGAGCCAUCCUGUGAAGGAGGACAGAGCUGAAUAGUGAUCAGAAUUCUGGAGUUCAUAAAGCUUGAAGAAGACUGGAAGUCAGCCCAGAGAAAGCAUAGAUGUCCAGGACCACACACAAAAAAAAAAACCAGCUGGGCCAGCUUCUGAGGAUUUUGACAUGGAUGAAUUUGAAUCUGUUUUCUUUUAUCUUCUACCUGUGUUUUCUUUCAGCCUUCAAUUAGGGGCCUCCUAUAACUCAACGCAGAGUCCUCAUUAAAUCUUCUGUCCUCCUGCUCUUUGCAGUCAAGAGGUUUCAAAGAGCUGACAUCAUCAUCCCUCCAAGACUGGAGCACCUGUGGUCCUGAAGAAGUUGCUAAAUGACAAUUCCCACACUCUAACAUUUACUGUGUUGGGGGACCGGAUAUCAGUUGCUUAACCAUCUUUCUCCUACUUAGUGGCUGCCCUCUAUCGGUCAAUUUAUUUAUCCGGUACUCCACGAUAAAGAGUUUGGGCAAAAGUGUGAGACUACCUAUUGAGUUACCAUGCUCUCGCCAAUGCUUAGUCCUUUAUUUAUCUGCUCCACAUUUACAUUUUGGAGAGCUGUAUGUCCUAUGAUAAUUGAUUCCAUGGACUAAUCUAUCUUAUAUGGCUAUCUAAGUAAGAACCUCAGUUUCCCAGGAUAUUAUGUCUAUACUACACAUCUCUCCAGUGGUGGGAUUCAACCGGUGUAACAACUGCUUUGCUGAGUGCAGUGCAUUUGAAAACAACUCUAAAACUUACCUUCUGCUGCCGCCCGGCUACUAAAACAGCUGAAGCACGGCAAUCCGUUCUCCCACACCUAUCACCUGGGCUUCAAACAAAGGAAAUAUUUGUUUCCUUUAUUUGAAAGACAGACUAUCGCAGGGGAGU